CGGUGGAGAAAAUGCGCCGCCAUAUUGCCACUGCCGCGCGCUGCAGCCCGGACCGAGUCCCGGAGAGUCGUCGGUCCAAAGUCCACUGUAGACAGCGCGGAGCGGUUACACGGGACCAGCGCCGAUGGCUUUAUGUUUGUAGCUGCUGCUGAGGAUUUGCGAACGUGUCGGGCGCCGGUGUCCGGGCCAGUGGCGCUCGUCUUUGUUGGGCUAACACACUAGCCACCAUGACGUCUCUGACUCAGCGGAGCUCGGGCCUAGUCCAGCGGCGCGCCGACGCCUCCCGCGCCGACAAGCAACGAGCCUGCGACCGGGAGGAGGACGAGCCCCGGCGUGAAGAGGAGCAGGACGCCGACGAUGCCGGAGACUCGAAGGAAACGCGACUGACUCUGAUGGAGGAGGUUCUGCUGUUGGGGCUGAAGGACCGAGAGGGCUACACUUCCUUCUGGAAUGACUGCAUUUCCUCCGGGCUGCGAGGAUGUAUGCUGAUCGAGCUGGGUCUGCGGGGCCGCCUCCAGCUGGAGGCCUGUGGCAUGAGGAGGAAAGGCCUGCUGGCCAGGAAGGUGAUCUGUAAGUCGGACAGUCCCACGGGUGACGUGCUGCUGGAUGAAGCCCUCAAGCAUAUCAAGAACACCCAACCACCAGAGACGGUGCAGAGCUGGAUUGAGCUGCUGAGCGGGGAGACCUGGAACCCUCUGAAGCUGCAGUACCAGCUGCGCAACGUUCGGGAGCGACUGGCCAAAAACCUGGUGGAGAAAGGCGUCCUGACCACGGAGAAGCAGAACUUCCUGCUCUUCGACAUGACCACGCACCCGCUGACCAACAACAACAUCAAGCAGCGGCUCAUCAAGAAGGUGCAGGACGGCGUGCUGGACAAGUGGGUCAACGACCCGGGCCGCAUGGACAAACGGCUGCUGGCGCUCAUCUUCCUGGCCCACUCCUCCGACGUGCUGGAGAACGCCUUCGCGCCGCUGCUGGACGACCAGUACGACCUGGCCAUGAAGAGAGUCAGGCAGCUGCUGGAUCUGGAGCCCGAGGAGGAGAGCCUGAAGGGCGGCGCCAACGAGCUGCUGUGGGCCGUGGUGGCAGCCUUCACCAAAUAACAGCCAGGACUCGCGAUCAAGAGAGUGACUUGGGGAAGGACCUUCUGGCUGGUGUCCUCCUCGCUGGCCACGUGUCUCCGUACAUUAUGUCUACUUUUGCAAAAAAAAAAAAAAAAAAACCUGUCUGAUCUUAAGUCUCGUGUCUGGCAUCGAGGUGGACUGGUGUCUUCUUAACGUUGGGAUCUAUUUUUCUAAGUGAGAGCGGCAGAGGAUCCAUGACUGCUCACUCGGCUGCGCACGAAGUGACUGCUGCUGCUGCUGCUGCUGCUGGUCCGGACCGGUCCGGUCCAGUCCAGUCCAGUCCAGUCCAGUCGGCCGUCUACAUGAUGUGAUUUAUACCGGAUGUGGGGGGGAGGGGAAAUGUGAAAAGGUGCACCAUUGAAGUCUGAAUAAGAACUUUAAAUCCACCUGUUCUCUCCUCAUUUUUUCCUUCGUCCGUCAGACGGUCGGGUCGGCGCCGUUGACCAUCACCGUCCCCUGGGGUCUCUCAUACCCACAGAGUAGCUGAGUGUAAAGAGAGUAACAUGCAAAAUGUUUGUAUUCGCCCAGUUCUAUGUAGUUAAAGCUUUCAAGAUGGCUACCAGAGAAGAGUCAACAAGGACUACAAAAAUGUCUGACGCUCGGCUCUGGUUUUAACUGAUCAAAAUGAUUAUUAUUAUUCCUGUCGAGGAACUGCUGAUGCCUGUGAGAAAAGACAUCUGUCCAAUGCAAACAUGAAGUUCUGAAAUACUAUCUUCUGUUGACAUGUAUAAACUAUAUGCAGUUACAGGCAGAAUGAAAUGGUGGUAAAUCACAGUGUGCGCCUCAAAUACAGGUGCACUGUGGGUAAAGAAAGGAGUUCUAAGAACAGUGGAGCUGAACAAAGAAAAAGGGAGUCUGGAGUAAAGGAUCAAAGCACUCAUUUACUUGCGGUCAGUAACAAGGUACUUGUACUUCUCCCCCUCUAUCAAGACCCUGAACGGACCAGAUUCAGAUGGUUGGCCUCCGAUGAGUCCAGGGGGACAGGGAAGAAACGGAGAGGCUGCCGUCACCUUCGGUGGGGCCUCAGCUUCACUGUCGCGGCUGCCAUUUUGCCACGACCCUCAUCCUCACCUGGCACCUGCAGGCCCAAUGACCCGGCUGAUCUGCUCUCAACUUCACCCACUGUUGAUGAACAUUAAUAUGUGGCUGACAAAAGUUACUGCUGAAAAAGUCAAAAGGUAAAUAUUGUGUUCUAUGACUGUAGGAGCCGGUUGACUGUUGACACGUCGCCGCUGCGCUUGUACGUCACACGACUGUCCAACAGAUGGCGCUGUCACCCCAUAUAUUCAGAACCUAUUUGACAGAGCUUUACAGCACAUACUUUUCGACGCAUAAAUCGCACCUGAACCGAUCACUUUCAUGAAUGUUAUGGAAUAAUUACAGUUCACUAGUGAUUAAAUCACUGCACAGCACUGAACUGAAAAAAAAAACCCUUG